UGCACUUUUCACAUCCAUCAGCAUGAUCUGCCGACAAGAGAGAGAGAGAGAAAGAGAGGGGCCGACCGUGUCUAUAAAAGAGGUGAGCAGACAGCGCGCCGUACAUUUACUGUGAGACUCAGGUGUUCCUCGCAACACUCAUUCAAGAUGCAGCCACUCGCAACGUGGCUCACAAUUUGCUGCUGUGCAGCGGCCGCCGUGGCCCAGUACAACGGAGGCCCUGUCCAGUUCGGACCCACCCCGACGUCGGUGCGCUCGCAGCAGCAGCCGCAGCAGAUCCGUCAGCCGCAGCCCAACAUCCCCGCAUCCUUCCAGGCGCCCCGUUUCGCCACCCCUCAGUUCGCACCCACCCCGCAGAGCUUCCGUCCUUCCAUCGAGCACGACUUCCAAGCCACCCCCAGCAGACCCGCCGCCAGACCGCAGCAGGUCGCGCAGAGCAUCCCCCAGUUCCAGACCUACAACGCCGCCCCCGCCCCCAAGAGGCCAGCCGCCUCCAAGAACCGUGGCGCCCCUUCCAAAAACCUCGCCGCUCUAGCCGCGGAAUUCGAAGAGGAAGAGGAGGAGGAGGAAGAGGCCAAGCCCGACAGGCUGCAGGAACUUCUGCCCCAGAGCAAAUUCAACUGCAACGGAAAACACACUGGCUACUACGCUGACGAGGGUCUCUCCUGCGAGGUCUUCCACUACUGCCAGGAUGGCGCCCGCCACUCGUGGGUCUGCCCUGACGGAUUCACCUUCCACCAGGUUCAUCUGAUCUGCAUGCCUCCAUCUCAUGACAACAUCUGCGCCCAGAGCUCGCAGUUCUUCUUUGUCAACGACUACUUGUACCAACCAAUCAACGCCGAAGAGGUCGCCAGGAAGCCCAACACCACCCUCCGGUACUCGGACAGGUACUACCCUGAAAACGACUACCCCCAAAACGAGCAGCAGCAGCAGCAGCCUGCCAAGCAAGCACCCAAACAAGUGCAGCAGGCCCAGGCUCCUCGUCGUCCCGUGGCCGUCGCCCGCCCCACCAACCAGGUCUUCCACUCGCCCCAAGAGGUCAACAUUCCCCUGCAGCAACGCAGGGUGCCCACCUCCCAGCAGCAACAGCAGGCGCCUGCCAGGCCUCAGUCUUAUGACACCGAGGAGUACGACUACGACGACUUCUCUUACAGACAACAGCAGGGUUAAUUUUGUCACAUGUUCAUAGGGUAGUGCGCGAUUCUGGGCAGACCUUAUUAUUUGGGCCGCAUUUUUUUUCUCAAUCAACACUGAAAUAAUUAGUUUUCUGCCGAGCAGAAAUAUAUAUUGUUUGCAAUACAGUUUUUGUACGCUCAUUGCUGCAAAUGUGAUCAAUUUCGUCUGCCCGCGAUUGUUACUUUUUAAUUUAUUCCUUAAGGAAACAAUAUAAGGUUUCGACCUUAUAUAAGCGUUGUGCUGUUGACGGACUGUAAAUAUAACGAUAAAAAUUACCAAGAGCACUUCUGAUUUUCAUGUUUGAAGCUCAUAUUUCACAAAAUAAAUAUAUGUAUUUAAUAAACAAAACAAAAUUGCAA